CAGCUGUCGUCAUCAGCUGACUGAUGACAGAUAAGUUUUUGUUUAGGUUAGGGAUAAGAUCUUCAAAUUAAAUAAAUAAAAUGUACAAAUAAUAAUUUAUCAAUUUAGCAGUUGCAAUAAAUCCACUGUAAUAUAAUAGAACUUCUCUCACAAUGGAAGUAAGCCCUUUAAGCGUAAUUUUGGUGAAAUCCGAUAGUAAAGGUGAUAGAUUGCUGUUUAGAUACCCAUUCCAAACCCAAAAGAAUAAUGAGCCCUCAAAUAAGAGUAGAAAAAACCCAUACACGUUACCCACAGUCGAAGAUACUCUACAAAGCACUGUUCCCACAAACACUGCUAUAAACAAAGAAACUCUUAUGGGGUAUACGGACGAGGUGCUGUCUUCACUGUUUGCAGUUAAAAUGGAACUCUGCAACAGGAAGUUUGAGUUAAAAGUGAACGACGUUAGGUUUGUCAGUCACCCUACUUUGCUGUAUAGGAAUACGAAAGAUGAUGAGGAUGUCUCGGGAAUUAUGUUGGUGAAUAUGGUUUUCGCGCUACAUGCUCUGGCCAGUCACUCUGUUGUCAAAUGUUAUCAUGAUCUGAGCAAGCGUAUGGGCAUAGUGUUGAGGUAUGAAGAAAGACGAUGCGGCUAUGUGUCUGAGCAGACUCAACUAAUGACAAGUGUACAUGAUGACGGGUAUACAAAUGGACCCAGUUCAGUUUUCCAGAUCAUUUUAGAAAAAUGUUCCGUCGCUAAUGAUAUUAAGAAAAUGUAUGAUGACCUUUGCACCACAGAUAUAAAACCUAAUACUACAUCGGUGCGUCCAAAACAUUAUCCAAGAUGAAAUCAGAAACUGUUGCAUGUUCUGCUCCACAAAAAUUAGGACUCUACUUUGAAAAGGAUUAGUAAAUUUGAGGAUCAAUAAGUGGAUUCCUCUCAGCUUUUGUCUUCCGCAAAAAGUUCAUCAGUGGCAUAUGAGAGGAAGAAUUGUAGAACCUGAGGAUAUAGACAGACCAUCGCUUUGCGUAACAACAAAAACAUCACCCGGUUCUAAAAGUGUGCGCAAUUCACUUUUCAGGUGUUUAAAAGCCCUCAGGCCGUACCACAGUUUGUUGCUUUUGUACCCUUUGUCUCAGAUGAACGAUUUUAUGUCGCUCGAUGGAUCGCCGUCUCUGGUUAGGCUGUUGAUGCAGUAUUCGCCGCUAAAAAAUUUGCAGACCCUCGCUGCGGACGCUGAUUUAACUUUGUCUCAUGUAUUUGAAUUAACCGCUCACUUGGUGUACUGGGCCAAAGCGACGGUUAUCUUUCCAAUUUGUUCAACGAAUAAGUAUGUGAUAUCACCUAAUGCACCAGUUCAUUUGAACUCUCCAUUGAUCGAGAAGUUUAGCGAAAGUUUUCCUGGACUUCAUUUGAUUAGGGUAAUUAGCGAAUUUUCUUUACCCACAUCGCUGGGGCAAAAAUGCAAUCCACUUUGCCAUCCGUCUCAACAAUCUCAACUGAUCAAGACCAUCAUUUGGAUGUUGCAACACCACUUGUUGAUCCAGUUACAUACUUACAUUCAGUAUAUGCCGACCGAGAAUGGACUACUGAAUAGCAAAUUGGAGUUUAGCAAGAAACAGUUAACCUCCCCAUCGCCAAGAAGUAGUGCUAUGCUGUCCAGUUCUUAUCAACCGAACGCAGAACAUUCCAGGGCAGAGUCUGAAAGUGGUGCUUCCACUCUGUCCGAAACUGUAGAGAUCAUCACUGCUAGGAGUAUAGUCAUGGAGAAUUUGAGCUUUACCUCCACGGAAAAUGAUAAACAGGACUAUCAGGAAGAAUUGCUGCUGGAUUUUCCCGAUGAAGAGAGGAGUUCUAUAUUCAAAAUUCCUGCUACAAAUACGCCCGAAGACCUGAAAUUAUUCGCAAGGCUGUGCCGUAAAGAUUAUUUCCAAGGGAAUCAUCACAUUGAAGAAAUCAUGUACCUGGAGAACCUGAGAAGGAGUCAAUUAAUGCAACUUUUAGAUAAAUUCAGGGACGUUCUGAUAACGUACGAAACUGAAGACCCGGCUAUCGCCAUGUUUUCGUGCUCUUCAUAGCACGAAAAGUGCAUUUUAAAGAUUUUAGUUGAUGAGAAAUGAGAAGUUGUGAUUUGUGGUGGGUAUUUUAUAGAAAGAACUGGAAUAAUAUUUUGUGACUGAGGUUUUACUGAUCAAAAAAUUUUUAACCUGGCAAAAGCUACAAAAACCACAAGCGAUUUUCGAAUUUUUCCUAAAAGGAGUAUAUCCACCACACCAUUUUAUAUUUUUUUUAUUGUAAAUUAAAAAAUAAUAUAUUUUCACAAAGUUGAUAAAUCGUAUUUAAAUCGUAUUGCGCUGAGUAAGAUUACGAAUCAUAGCGGUAUAAAAAUAAAAUUUGAAUAUAUUAUUCACCAUAUUUUAGUAACUCAUUUGUUGUAAUUUAUUUAUUCAAUAUUAUUAUGAAAUUAUAUUCUUUUGUAAUUUUUUAUUUCAUUUUUAUACACGU